AUGGCACCUGCUGGGGAACUGUUUAUGUCCCAGAGCGUGAUGGAGGGGAUUGGUCUUGCAAUGUGUCUUGUCAUGUCUCAGACUGGUGAUUGUGUAAUGCUCCAGACAAGAACUAUAGAGACCAACACAAGCAACUUUCUCAACUGCUGGCAGAGGAGGAAAAGGACAAUUCCACCCAGAUUGUUUGGAAAAAACACUUAUCUGAGCGUUCAAAAAGGGCUUAAACUAAUCUUGGUGUUUGUGAACUUUUCAGAAUCUAAAGAUGUUGACCAUGUCUACUACACAUCUAAACUCUACGGUGCUGGAGAUGCACUAAGCCAAUACCUCUGGGUGAAUGACGAUCAGACAGACGGGGAAAAGUGGAGAGUCCUCCAGUUUCUGUCCAGCUCACACAGACAAGCAGAGAGAGUGAAUCUUUCAUUCAUCUUUCCUUUUUAUGGUCACCCACUGAAAGAAAUCACAGUUGCUACUGGAGGUUUCAUUUACACUGGAGCUGUAAUCCAUCAGAUGCUCACAGCCACUCAGUACAUUGCUCCCUUGAUGGCCAACUUUGACCCCAGCUUGUCCAAAAACUCCACUGUGUUAUAUUAUGACAAUGGUACUGCGCUGGUCGUUCAGUGGAACCGAGUCCACCUCCAGGGCAUCAGUCUAGGAACUUUCACCUUCCAGGCCACUUUGCACAGUGAUGGACGGAUUGUUUUUGCCUACAAAGAGAUUCCUGUCGCCAUCAAUGACAUCAGUUCUGAGAACCAUCCUGUCAAAGUGGGCUUGUCUGAUGCGUUCGUGGUGCUACAUGACAUAGAACAGAUUCAUAAUGUUCGUCGGAGAACCUUCUAUGAGUAUCAUAGAAUAAACAUUCCAAAGUCCAAUAUCUCCAACUCCACCGCGGUGGAACUGCUCCCUCUCCCAACAUGUCUGCAGUUCUCCAGCUGCGGCCCAUGUGUCACCGCUCAGAUUGGGUUUGACUGCAGCUGGUGUAGUCGACUACAGAGAUGUUCCAGUGGCUUUGACAGAAAUCGUCAGGAAUGGGUUGACCUCGGCUGCCUAGAAGAGAGGCCGGAUCCACGAUGUCUCCUGAUGACAAACAUCAAAAAUGGAACAACCCGCCACGUGUCGUUUCCUUUGUGUAACCUGCAAUUAGUAAUGGACUUUUAUUUUUGCGGGCCCACUUCCUGUUUGCCCCAAACUCCGCUAGCUUAUUUAAAGCCACGCCUCCAGCGCGCAGUUUAAAGAUCCUCACCUGUUUCCACUGUGGCUGUGGCUUGUUGUUGGCGUCUUCUUCACGGAGUCAUCAAAAUCUUUAAGCCCACUGAUUUGAUUGCCUGGUGAGUUUAUUAUCUGAAAGCAGUGUUGCUUUUACAUGUGAAACUUUGGUUUGAUUGCUCAUUGGAGCGUUGUUUUAUUAGAAUUAUUGGCGUUGUUACCUGGAUGUCACCGGGAUUCUGGCACAGCUGAUUGUGGCUGGGCGUGCCCACUCUCUUGAUAAGGUAAUCUGUUGCUGAAUUUUGUGUAUGUUCUGACACAUUUAUAUUGAUGCUGAGGCAAUGAAGUUUAAAAUAAAAUUUAUCAGAACAGAAUGUAGCUACAGUUAAAUGUGAUAUUGCGCAAUAAACUUAGGUAUUUACUUAUUUUUUUUUCUUUCCCUCACUCUGCUUGAGUAUUUGAGAAGUAAUUUAUUAUUUUCCUUGAUUGAUAUUUUGGAAGUGCACUUUAACUUUGACUUUGACUUUGACUUUAACUUUAACUUUAACUUUGACUUUGACUUUGACUUUGAUUUUGACUUUGACUUUGACUUUGACUUUGACUUUGACUUUGACUUUAACUUUGAAUUGAUUAACUUGAAUUAUGAUUGAUAUUUUUUGUUUUACUUUAUUUAAAUUAUGGUUAAUUUAACCUAAUUAUUGAAAUGUUUGCCUAAUUAUUAGAAAUCUAAUUGUUACGUUUAAUUUGCACAAACUAAAUGCUUAAAUUUAAUUAUUUUUUUUGGUAUUAUGUUUGUACAUAAUUGUUAUUUUGAUAAAAUGCUUAAUGGAUUUUCUGACCUUUUAGGUCGGGUUUUUUUUUCCCGGUUGGAUCAGAUCCUCAUCAGGAUUUGAAGAUGGCGAGCUAAGGAAAAGAACUCUGAACUUAAUGAUUUUGCAAUUAAUUUAUUCUGGGUCAAUUGUCUUGUCUCAUUGUGUUGUUGUAAUUGUUGUUUUAUUCAAAUCACUUAAUAUAUAUUCACCAAAACUAAAAACACUGCCUCCUGUUUUCUCCACACCUCGGGCUCCUAAAAGAACACUCUUCUGAUGCUGCUUCUGUAGCCGCAGUUAGCUGCCUAGCCCAUAACUGUUACAUUGUUGGCGAGCUAGCCAGGAGCCUGAUACUGUGAAUGUUUUGGUGGAUGUGUUUUGUGGUUUGUAUUGAAAUAUGGAUUUCUUUGACCAAAUUGGUAUCAAUGUUGCAAAUUCUGUCAUCAUUAGUGGUGUAACGAACACUCAAGCAGAUGAUGAGAUCAUCAAUUAUUUACGUGGUUAUGGUGGAAUUAAGGUUUUUACUGUUA